CCCCCCUUCUCACUUCUUCAGGAUGACAGACCUUGGAACGAGCCCUGCUACCCACCAACCACCACAGCCGUCUGCAGGUUGGAAAACCAUUGGUGGGCAACGAGAGUGUUACGACGAGGGAGAUUGCUUGAACCCCAGCCACAGCCUUGUGAGCGAAAAGCUAAGAGAGAGAGGGGAGGACGAUGUCGUGAUAUUUGACUAUUCACUAAACCCGGAUUAUCUGAGUGCCAGAGACGAGGAUUUUGGGGAUGCGGACUAUGAGGAUUCGGACUAUGAUGUAUUCUUUCGAGUGCCCAAGGAUGGGCUCAUGGGAUCCGACCAGCUCGAGCAAAUAGUUGACCAAGCCAGAGAACCACGCCCAAUGCCGUCACAGGGGCCACGGUUAGGUAUCAUGUAAGUUUAUCUUCCAAGAUUCCGCCCUCCUAUAACCCUUUCUGGCUAUGAUAACGCCGCGCCGCAUACACCCUGCUUGCUUCUAUGAGAAUCGCAUUCAACUUCACAUGCUAACUUGAGAUUUUUUUUCGUCCCAAGAGAUUUUCCCCAAUGUUAUGAUACGAGCGUAAGUUACUAUACGGUGCAGCCGUAAUUUUAUCUUUCAAGCAGUUACUUACCGCAAGUAGGAUGGUAAUUUAUUAAAUUUGAUGGCCGGUAAACUCCGCCUCAUCACCGAACGUGGGGCCACUUUUAGGGACGAACACUCGAAAAGAGUUGAAGCACUGCCCGGCCAUGGAAGAUUUAGAACCGGUGUUUCCUUACGGGUACCCUCAAAAAGACUAUUGGAGUCAUCCGGGUCAGAUUUAUCAGAAACCAGAUUCACCCUUUUCGUAUCAUAUCCAUAUUUCGGAGAGCCUAACGGGGAGAUCCCGUUGGGUGCGAGAAGCGAGAGCGUUAGACUCUUAGAUUUCAAAGGUCUGGGGGUUUAUGAGAGGCAUGGGGGGGGUAGGAUUACUGGGGGGAGUAGAAUUGAGAUAGAGGAGGUACUAGUGCAUCAGGCACGAUACAUGAUAUUUGAUAACUGUGAGCGAUACCUCUUUUCCUGCUGUUAACCCAAAUAUCCUUGCUAAGUGGUCUCUGAAGACACAAUGGCGGCCUUUAGAUCUAAGGAGGACCCUGCCAGAAAUCAAGUGCCUCUUCACCGAUUUCAAGAGCGUAUCGGCGCCUUUCGUGCGAUGGUUCAUAUGAUCGCAAAUCGCACGGGUCUGGAGUUGUCGACAUUUGUGAAGCUUCAAGCCUCCUUGUACAAACUAGUUAGUCUAUUCUCACCUUUGGCAAAAGGAAUCUAGCGUUGAUUUUUGAGGACGAUUAGGAGGACGAUAUCGACCAAAUGAUAUCAGACGAAGGAAAGGAGGGGGUCGAUGCCCAGGAGAGACGGCAGAGAGGCCGAGGCCUCCUCACCUCCAUUAAUCGCCUUUCUACAUCCUUAUUUGCGGCUAUCAGUGUAGCUGAACGGCAGAUUACCGUACUCCAAGAUCUACACAGCAUGUUUUUGACAAGCUACCGAACAAAAACUAGUGGUCGGAGGGUGGGAAGUCGAAAUCCCUUUCACAGGAAUACCGUCCUGAUCCCUGUCCUUUCAGAAAAUCGUGAGCAGAUAUGGCCGAGUACCUUGGACACUAUUGAUGAGGUGGUUCGGGAGAGGAAAGCAUUCAUUGGGAAAAUUAAGGAGUUGGUAGAGAAUACGGAUAUCAAAAGGAAGAUUGUAUAGUUCUCCGACCCAAGCUUACAGCAGGGGUGCUAAUGACUUAACAGCUUUCCGGAUUCUUGAAGUCUGACCAAGCUGAAGCAGCUCCCUCUGAGAGAACGGCUCAGGAAGCAAAGAAGGCUAUGGAAGCCACUAAGGAGGCUAUCGAGCGAACCCAGGCCCAAGUUGUGCAGCAAGUGCAGACCUUAUCAGGUUUCGCAAUUGUGACUACAGCGUUUCUUCCUCUCAGCUUUUGUGCUGAGGUAUUUUACCACCUGUCUGUUAUAUGAGUAUUUUCUGACAAGAAAACCUUAUUAGUAUUACAGCAUGGGAAACAUAAAGGAAUGGGAGGACAAGGAUCAUUCCCUCCUCGAUUUCUGGCUGGCCACAGGCCCAGUAUUGGCUGGGGUAUUGCUGCUAACACUGCUAGUCGUCUGCUGGAAACGUCAGUUCAUGGAGAGGCCCAAAGGAUAUCUUGAAAAGGGAUUUGGUUAUGCCUGGGAGAAAUUAAGUCUAUCUGGUAGGAGAAGAGAAAGUGAUCCCGAGAACCAGGGCGCGAGCAGUGGUACCAACGCAAAGGAUUGAGUCCCAGCCGCGCAGCCGCAAACCGCGAUGCCUCCGAACCCUGCUUCGGGGUCUAGCAGUCGGGCACUUGUACCAAAUAGCCGGGAUAGGGAAGUAGGGGACGUGGGUAACCAGACCGCCAACUCUGCUCUGCCGCAAAGAGAGCAGCAGUGGUAACCAUUGUGAUCCGAAAAAGGAUGGGUAGGGGAAGCCGGGAGGUGGGCAAGCCUGUUUUUAUUUGUUCGAAAGGGAAAUCACGAUUGGGGGGGGUGAACAAUGUUAUUAGAGUUUGUUGAAAUUGAGGAAGCUGCUAGCGAAAGGGGAUGAGCAGGUUGUAGUUGCAAAGGCUCACGGGGAAUGUUGUAGGAGGUUUCUUUUGUCGAGUUACGAUUUUAUCAUACCUAGAAGUACUCGAGUACAGUACUUGUAUAUGAUCGUGCCUUUGGUCUAGUGCCUCCAUAUCGCUAAAGCCUCAUCUUGUUCCACUCCCU